AUGGCUUCCAAGCAAGAACAGGAACAAAAUCUACAUUUGACACUUUUAGUAGACAAAGAAAAAAACCGUGUAGUUUUGGCUGAAACAAACGGUGACUUCAUUGACACUUUGUUUAGUUUUCUCACACUUCCAUUAGGAACUAUCACCAGACUUCUCUUCAAAAAUGAACAACAGCAAGAAUCAUUUGGUUGCAUAAGUAAUCUUUACAAGAGUGUGGAAAAUAUCAGUGAUGAAGUUUUCUUUAACAGUAUCUGCAAGAGAAUGUUGCUUUAUCCACGCAACAAUUCUGAGUCGGAUUGCCAGAAACUGAAGUUGAAUGUUGAUGAUUCAGAACCUACAAAGUACUUCAUUUGUAACACUUGUGCUGAAGGAACAGGUUUGUUAAGUACUUUUGUUGGUGCUAGUUGUUCUUGUGGGAAUUUGAUGGACAAAGAAAUUAAGCUGCAUGGAGGUUUUAGAAAUAGGGACUGUGUUUUUGUUAAGAAACAAACUUUGUAUUUAAUUUUUGAUGAUUUGAAAGUGCUCCAAAGCUUUCCCGGAAAUACUCUUCACCAGCUCCAACAACUUGGUUACAAAAACAUGAACAAGCUUACACAUAUGUCCGUGACUGUCGGUUUGAAUGAGAUUUUGGAGUUACUAAGGAAAGCUUUAACUUCCGACUCUCCUCUAAGUGAUGUAUUCUUGGCAAAUGGAAAGUUUCCGUAUAAGUGCAUUUUCUCCUCAAAGACUCCACUUUCUAAUGUUCCUACUACUACUGACGUUAUAAUGGAUAUCAAGGUAACUAUUAGUAAAUCAAAACAGAUGAUAGUGUAUGCAGAAGCUGAGAGAGAUUUUGUUAAUUUUCUAUUCAGUUUCCUCACCGCACCUGCAGGAACUAUUUUAGAGCAAUUGAAUGGCAAUUAUUCUAUUGGAUGUAUGAAUAACUUGAACAAGAGUGUGAGAGAACUCCAUUUUUCAUGUUUCAUGAUACCUAUAUAUACUCCUACAGGAUAUCCCAAAGUGGCUCCUCAAUUUGGUUAUGUGAAUCAGCCUCUGGAAAAACUUUGUGAAAAAGAUACUCCUCCUUAUAGGUAUUGUAAUAAUGGUGUGGUAUACGACUACUCAAAUCAAAAAUAUGGAUCAAUGAAGCUUUUUGAUCCAAGAUCUUCAAAUGGUACAAUUAAAUCUGCUGUAGGGUUUGUGAAGGGGCAAUCAAAAUUUAUUGUGUGGGAUAAUCUGCAAGUGACAACAUUGGAUAAAAAUACUUCUAGCAUUGCAUUUUUGCAAAAACUCAACAUACCUUUCGAUGAUUUGGAGGUGCAUGAAAUGAGCAUUGGAGAGACCGAGGCACUAAACUUGUUGGGAGCUUCUUUGACUUCUUUCGAAGCUGCAUUAACAGAAGCCUUGUUCCAUUUGAUAGAGUACCCAGAAGAAGAACCUUAUUAAUGCUUGAAUUCUUUUAUUUCUAUUAUUUUAUAAGAGGCAGACUAAUAUAUAUUGCAAUCUAGA